AUGGCACCCUCCGUCGCCCUCGACCACACCACCGCCGGCGUGCCGGAAUCCAUCCAGAACCCCGCCGUCGCCCGCACUGGGGACCUCUUUUCUCUCGGCGGCCGCACCGUUGCCAUCACCGGUGGUGCCCGCGGUCUGGGGAUUGUCCUUGCUGCGGCGGUUGUCGAGGCCGGCGGUGAUGUGGCCUGCAUGGAUCUGCUGCCCGCUCCCAGCGCCGAAGAAUGGGCGACGCUGCAGAAGCUUGCGACCGCGCGGGGUCUGAAGGCGACCUACACUCAAUGCGACAUCACCAACGAGGAGUCGACCAAGGAGGUGCUUGAGCGGAUUGCCGCGGAGGGCAAGGAGCGCAACAUGCCGCUGCGGGGAGCCAUUACCUGCGCCGGGAUCCAGCAGAUGGUGCCGGCUCUGGAGUACCCGAUUGAUAUGUGGCGGAAAAUGCUGGAUGUGAACGUGAUUGGAACCUUCAUUCCUGCGAAGCACUGCGCCCGCAUCUUCAAGGAACAAGGCACGCCCGGCAGUAUUGUGAUGAUUGCUUCUAUGUCCGGCCAGAUUGCCAACCGGGGCCUCACAUGCACCGCCUACAACUCCUCCAAGGCUGCCGUGCACCAGAUGUGCCGCUCCGUCGCCCAGGAAUGGGGCCAGUACGGUAUUCGCGUCAACACUCUGUCUGCGGGCUACAUCCGCACUGCCAUGACCGAUGCCCUUCUGAAGGAGAAACCCGAGGUCGAGCAGACCUGGAUGCGUGGCGCCCUGCUUGGCCGCCUGGGUGUGCCCGAGGACUUCAAGGCGCCCACUGUGUACAUGCUGGCUGAUGGCAGUGGAUUCAUGACAGGAACCGAUCUGAGGGUUGAUGGAGGUCACUGCGCCUCUGCUUGA